GAUAGUGUUGCAGCAGCAGAAGCAGAAGCUGCUCAGUCAGACUGAAGAUCAGACAGAGAAACAGCUGCUCCGUUACUCGGUUCAUCUCGUCUCUAUUAUUUGUUUUGAUGGGUUAAUCUAACGGGAAAACAAUCUGAAAAUAAAAACUGAAACCAUCCAAACCUGUAAACUUGUCAUGGAGUGACACGUUUUCUCCGGAGUGGACUUUAACACCGAGCUGUGAUCCUCCGCCGGGUGUUUUGACUCGUUUUACCCGGCUGAUGUCCACCUGUUCCGGGCGGUUAGUGACUUGCAGACAGCCUCACCACGGAGCCUCACACACACCCAGCUACUACUGAGAUGGCCCGUGCAGAGACCAUCGAGAGUGUCGCAGAAACUGGAGGAAGAGGAGAAAACGGCCCUCUUCCUCGCCACAACACCUGCCGCAUGGAGCUGCCUCGUCCCUUCUACAACUGGCCCGGCUUGUUAACCACGACCACCAUCAGCACCGGCUCUGGGACCGGCUCCGCUGCCAUACACCUGCACCACAGCCACCACCACCUGCACCCUCUGCAGGCUUUCUACCUGUCAUACCCACUGCCUUGCCCCCAACUAGAAGGUCAGGACGAGCCCCAGACUCACCAGCGGUUACCGGCGUUAUCUCCGUCACCGACGCCUCCCUGUUCGCCGCUCUGCCAUCGGAGAGAAGAGAGGGGAAGUGGCGCCGUUGCACCCAGUGCCUUCUCCGGAGAGCAAUCAGACUCGGACAGAGAGGAGCGUCUGGAGGCCUCCAGCCGGCAGGGACCUCCACCGGACCUGCUGCCCCAGAGCGAGCACCCAUCCUGGGCUUCCACACACCACAGAACCCCUGGAGAGGAGGCGGUGCAGGAGCUGGAGGUCCGGAGAGUCGCCAACCAGCUGAGGGCCAUUGGAGAUGAAUUUAACGCCACAGUCCUCCACAGAGUGCACCCGGCCCCCCACUGGCAGGACCUGAGAGACGCCUGCCGAGGACUCCUCAGCUUCAUCAGCCAGACCCUCAGCACCCUCUACAGGCUCACAUAGACACACAGACAAUGAAUUGACCAUUUGAACUGGGAGGUUCAACACAGCCUCAAGUCAAAAACACUUUCUCGAAGGAAGAUUUUUGGAGGAUGAGCUCUGCAGCUGGAGGUGUCGCCGCCACCUGUGGACCAGGGUGCAAGCUGCGGAAACUGGACCCUGCCUGUCUGUCUGUCUGCCUGUCUGUCUGUCUGUCAGUCAGUCUGCUGGUCCAGACUGCAGCUGACAGACCGACGGUCACUUUCCUACCUGUAUAUUUUGUAAAAACCACUUGCUUUCACUGUCUUUGUCUCGGGGUUCACCUCUUCAGUGUGUGUGUUCAUUUAUGUGUGUGUGUGUGUGUGUGUGUGUGUGCACGUGCACGUGGCAGAUGUGGAUCUAACGAAUAGGAUGUGCAUCCUGAGAUAUCAUUAAAAAUACAAUUUCAUCCAUUUUACAAAAAAACUGACAUUUCAGAAUUAGGCUUUCUAAACUAACGAGUCUGUUUGUAAGUCGACCAACGCAGGAUUUUUGAGACAAAUACUGAUUUUUUAAGCAAUUACAGAUACGCCCAUAUUGUGAAUUUUUGAGCCGGAAUGAAAAUGUAUGUUUUUUAUGUACAUUAUGCACUGAUAUGACUCUGCAAAGGUACUCAGAAGGCUGCUAAGCAUCAGUACUGUAUGUCCAGUGUCAUUGCUGAUCAUUAACAUUAAAUACAAAAAAAAAAAUACCAAACACAAUUUCUAAAUCUCCUAGAGCAUUGUUUUGUUUUAUAUAUGCAGAUCCAGCUAAAUAAUGUCGGUCGGACUCUACUUGUACCUGACCUGUUUUGGAAGGCUUGUCAUUUAGCUCUAAUAUCAUUGACCCCAUUCAUCUUUACCCCUGUUAUUCCAUUUAUUUAUUAUUUUUCAAAAUUAAUGAUAUCUCUUCAAUUCUUCCCUUUAAUGAUGUAAAAACACACACUGCAAAAAGG